UUGGGAAAAAAAAAAGAAGUGCAGAACUUGAGCGUUUUGGUGUCCAUCAUGGGAGACACUAAGCGCUGUCUGUUUCUUCUUCUCACCGCUUAUGCCUUGGCUAAGUCCAGCAGUCAAGCGACUGAUGAAGGAGCAGGAGAAGAAUCAUUAUGCCCAUUGUCAACACGAUUUAGGAACUUCAGAAAAUAUGUUUAUCAGUACACAGCUGAGAGCACAAAUGGAGUGCCUGGUACAGCUGACACCAAGAAUGGGCCCAGUGUAACUUGUAAGGUAGAACUCGAGGUUCCUCAGAUGUGCAAAUUUGUCCUGCGCACCACUGAAUGUGCACUCAGUGAAGUGACUGAUAUCGAUGCUCAGGGUCAGCCUAUCUACACAUCAACUCCUGGAACUGAGUCCUUCAAAGCAGCUAUGGAAAGGACCCCCCUAAAUUUUGUGGUGGAGCAGGUGGUCAAAGUUUCCAUCUAUCCUGAAAAGGACGAACCUGAGAAUAUAGUGAACAUAAAGAAAGGAAUCAUCUCUGCUCUCUUAGUGCCUGUCAUUGAGGAAGAGCACAAUAGAAUAAUGGCUACCAUACAUGGCAGAUGCCCAACCGACCUUACUGUCAACUCAAAGAACAGUAUAGACACUGAUGUCACUGUGGUCAGGGAUUUGUCAACAUGCAGUCAUUUUAAUCCUCACAGCCUCCCCACCAGUCCUCUAUCACUUCUGUUUAACGUGAAUGGAGUUCUCACCAAGUUCAUCACUAGCACCCAGACCUGCAACUAUCAGUUUGACAACAAGAAGAAGCACAUGACAGAGGCCCAAUGCACAGAGAAACACCUUUUUAUUCCAUUCUCUCAUGAGGGCCAGUCCGGUGUUUCUUCUGAAGUGAAACAGAGUCUGGUUUUGCAAGAAUCAGUGAAGAGUAACAACAGGAUCUUUAACACAGAUGGCACAUCUGAGAAAACACUUUUCCAAGAAGAAAUGGAAGACACAUCUUUUAUCCAGAACAAAGAGGACAUAGUUACCUUGAUGAAAACACUUAAUGAACUACCUCGUUCAGGCAAGAAUCAGGAGAGGGCACGUCUGUUCCAUAAACUUGUUUCCCAGAUCCGUGGAAUGAAGAACGAGACCUUGUCUUUGGCUGUUAAGGAGAUGCUUGAGAUUUCCAAAUGGCUGACCUGGCAGACUCUGCUCCAGUGUGGAACCAAUGAAUGCACCAGUGCCAUUCUGCAAAUCCUGAGAGGUUUCAGUGAACCUGCAUGGGAAGUAGAUGCCAUAAUGUACGCUAUGAGUCUUCUGCCACAAGCUAGUCCACAGCGCCUCAGAGACAUGCUUAGUACGGCCCAGCAUCGACAGAGCAAGCCCAUCAUGUACGCUCUUGCUAACACAGUGAAAAAAUUCUCUGAAUAUCAGGCAACUAAUGUUCCUGAAGUAAAAGAGGUGGCAGAGUUCAUGGAGUUUAUGCUGGGUGACUGCUCAGGAGACGAGGACAAAACCUUUCUCACACUGAGGGUCAUUGGUGUCAUGGGAAAAUACAUGGAGAGAUUUCCAUCUCUAAAGUCUACUCUUGUAAGCUGUAUGCGCCAGCAGGAUGCUUCUGUGUCAGUUCAAAAAUCAGCCAUCCAUGCUUUCAGACUGAUUGAACUCGACUCUGAUGUGACUAGCGCCCUCUUACAGCAGUACCAGGACACUGAAGCCCCCACCCAGAAACGUAUUGCUGCAUAUUUAAUAUUAAUGAAGAACCCUGAUGUUGUACAGAAGGUGCUGAAGACACUGAAAAAUGAGAAAGAUCUACAGGUCAAGAGCUUUGUUGUGUCUCAUAUCACCAACCUCUUGGAUACUGAAGACCCAAAUCUUCAGACAGCAAAGGAUUACAUUAAAAAAGCCUUGGAAAGUGAUAAGGACUUAUCUCCUAUGGACUUCACAAAGUUUUCUCAUAAUAACAAGAUUCAUGUUCCAUGGACUGGUUCUGUAGAGAGCAAUGUCAUCUUUGACUCUGCCAGUUACUUGCCCAGAGAAGUAACACUGGCAACCACUCUUGAUAAUUUCAACUUGGAGCUACUGGAGAUUGGUCUGGAGAGUGAGGGCUUAGAGCCAACCAUUGAGGCCCUGUUUGGCAAAAAUGGUUUUUUUCCUGAUACUAUCUCCAAAGCUAUGUACUGGACAAAUGAUCAGGUUCCACCCCAAAUCAGCAAGGUUCUCGAAAAAUUGAUUGCUCCUUUGAAAGGAAGCAGGAUGAAAAGAGAGAUAUUCCAGAACACUUUGGAGCAGAUUAAGGACAAUUUUGAAAAUUUAAGGGAGGGCCUCAAAUCCCUUAAAGACAAUAAAAAUUCCCCUAAAGCCAUGGCCUAUCUCCAGCUCAUGGGAACAGAAUUGGGAUACAUGAAGAUCAGCGAACUCUCUGGCCUUUUUGAAAAUCUGAUGACAUACAAAAACAAUUUCUACAAUGCCUUUUUUUCACAAUUUCUGCCAAAUCUGUUAAAUGGGAAAGAUAAAGAGGUUUAUGCCCACUACAUGUUCCUGGAUGAAGCCUUCACCCUACCCACGGGUUCUGGCUUCCCACUGAAGUUUUCUUUGGCUGGAAUAUUUGCCCCUGGUGCAACCGGAGGCCUGAAGUUUGAACGUGGCAUGCAACAACUCACAUUCAGGCCAUCAAUGGGAGUGGAGUUUAUUUCCCAGAUGGGCAUCUAUUUCCCUGAAUUUAUAGAUGCUGGAAUUAGAAUGCACACAAACAUUUACCAUGAAAGUAGCCUGAACUCCAAACUUACAAUGAGUGACAACCAAGUCAAGCUUUCCAUCCCUGUGACAAAGGAAAAUACUCAAUUACUAAGCAUCAGAAAUGAGCUCUUUUCAGUGACUUCCACUUUGACGAAGAAAGUGUCUCCUAAUGAGGAACAGAAAACUGACUCUACACAAUGCAGCCCAAUUCUACCUGGAAUGAAUUACUGUACAAUGCUUAAUUACUAUAACCUCAACUCUGCUCAUUCCCCCUACUUCCCCCUAACUGGAGAAAGUGGGUUUGCGAUGGUACUUCAGCCAACUGGUGAUGUAUCAGAAUACACAGCGACUGUCUCUUAUGAAGUCCUGAAGGAGGGCAAGGAAGGUCGUCAUAAGGUUGACUCACUGGUUGUUUCACUUAAGGCUGAGGGCACCACACCUACAGUAGCUACUGCAACUUUAAAAUACAACCGUAACAGGAAAAUCUUUACAGGCAACCUUCAAAUACCAGACUUUGCUGUUGAGUCUGGUAUUAGACUGGCAGUCACAGAUGCCACUGUAAAAGGGAAAAAAAUGAAUGGUAUUACAAUUGAUGUAAACAACAGGAAGAAUCUUCAAAUGUCCUUGGUUGGACUUGCCAGAAUGGAGUCUAUGGAAGAUGGGAUGGUAAUGCUGAAGAUGGCUGUCCCUGCUCUACAGCUGGAUGCCUCUACCACUGCUAGUCUGAAGAAAACAAAUGGCCUUGUAUUACAACUUGAAACAGCUUUCAACAUCCCAGAGACUUCAUCAUUGCAGAAAACCAUUCUUAGAUAUGAUGAGAACAAGAUUGAGCUGGAGUUUAAGUCAGAUGUGAAUUCUGCAGCUACAAAACAAAUCCCAGACCUUGAAAGCUACCGUAACCAGCUACAAACGUUAAUUGAUGACAUCCUUGAUCAAAAGGUGGCUAAAACUGAUAUGAAACUUCGUCAUAUUGUUUCAAAGGGUAUAGAGGCAGGUAACAUUUGGCUUGAAAAAUUUGGAGGAGACAUUCCAUAUGUAAAGAAUCUAAGGAGCAAGAGAUACAUCCCAGAGCUCGCUCUGCCCUCUAUACCAGAGCAACUGUAUUUCAAUACUGAAGCACUCUUCCGGUAUGAGUUCAACAAGCACAAAAUAUUCUUCUCACUGCCUCUUCCACUUGGAGGGAUGUCUUCUGCAGAUCUAAACAUCCCCUCUGUGUUAACACUCCCUCCUAUUAAUGUGCCAUGCCUUGGGCUGAAUGUGGGUGAAACUGUACAGGACCCCUCAUUCAUAAUCGCUCAGAACUUGGACUUGUCAUUGCCCAUGAUUGGCAUUGGAGAGGUUUCUGCUAAAAUGAACAGCAACUUCUAUAAUUGGGAAGGCUCAUUCCAAGGGGGGAAUUAUACUAAUGAUGUUCCCAGCUACAUUGCUAAGUACAAAGUUAUGGCUACCAGUCCUGUGACACCUCUUUCUUAUAAAAUUGAAGGUACAGCUCUGGCAACUGGCAUUUUGGAUGACAAUGUUAAGAUCCUCGUGAAUGGCUCCUUGAACCACAACUUUCUUGAUGCUAGUUUCAGUUUACUUGAAAGCAAGACUGGUACUGACAAGUUUAAGGAAAUGUUCAAGUUUGAAGCAACAAGCCCAUUCGGACUAGAAACCUCCCUGUAUUAUUCUAGUCAAGCAUCUAGCACAUUAUCUGAGCUAACUGGAGAUGGAGAUAUUUAUGGAGUCUUUAAAAUAGGACCCCUUUAUGCCAACACCACAUAUACCCAAUCUUUCACUAUUGAUGUCCUCAAAGAUGAAGGAAAAGGAGAAUCUGUCUUGAAAUUUGACUCCUCAUUCAUCCAGGGUCAAACUGUGACCAAGGGAGAAUAUCGCAACAAUGAGUUGUCCAUUGUGUCCAAAACAAGUGCGCUACAAGAUAUUCUGAAGCAUUUAGCUGAAGUGAAAUACAAAAAUGGCCAAUUGUCUUUGAAGUCAGAUGCUAGCAUUACAGCACUGGAAAAAGCACUUCGUGUUCAAACUGAUGUACAAAUGACAAAGAAAGGAGCCAGAUUCAAAUUCGAGACCCAGGCUGAUGAUGCUGAAAAUCGAGCAUACUCUGUGUUCAUGGGAUCUCUGAAUGACAAAGGACUUGAAGUGAACUUGGAUGGUUUGCUAAACUUUGAAAAUAGUCAUGGAACACACAAAGGAACACUUACUAUUGGAACGAAUGGCUUGGCUACAAGUUUUACAACAACAUAUCAAUGUAGCUCAAUGACAUUUGAGAAUGUCUUAACUGCUGGUAUUGAUGGGCUGGAUGGUGCCGCCAUUUCUCUUAUGACUAAAGCAUUAGGCCAGGACAGUAUGUUAGAGUUUAAUGUAAAGGGCAAGAUCUCUAAAACUGAGGUUAAAUUAAACAGCAUUUUUAAAGGCAAUGCUUUUGAGGGUGAUGCAAGAAACACACUAAAUUUUGUUCUGGAUAAGCAUGGGCUUACUGCCUCCAACACUAUGACAGGCACCUUACAGAAAAUGAAGACUGAAAGCACUCAUACACUGACUAUAACUCUAUGGACUUUGGCAUUCCAUUCCAAAACAGACAAUCUAAUCUGCAAUGGUGCAUCAUACAACCAUGAUAUCAAGAUUGACAUGAAGCCUUUUGUUACCUCUGUGCUCUCAAACAGUAAAGUUGAGAUGUUUGACAUCACCUUAAGCAAUGACGGGUCUCUAAAGUUGGAGCCUUUAAAGUUGGAGGCAACGGGAAGCAUUACUGGCAAAUACAAAGAAGACGUGAUUAAAACCAUUUGUGGAAUCAAUUAUUUUGAUCUGAGUGGCUCAAUAAAAUGUGACUCAACUGGAGAAGUUCUGGGAUCCCAGAUCAGGCAGAAUGUUGAACUGGAAUUUGCUGGACUGUCCUCAGUUUUUAAAAGUGAGACCCGUUUAAAUUCCAGAGCUUUGCACCUUGAGAAUGUCAUCCGAACAAUGGCAGUACCAUUUAGCCUUACUGUUGAUGCCAUUUUGAAUGCUGAUGGUUCAUUAAAUUUGUAUGGUAAGCACACUGGGCAACUCUAUAGCAAGCUCCUGUUGAAGGCAGAACCUUUUGCAAUUGCCAAGUCUCAUGACUGGAGAGCCUCUUCCACACAUAUGUUACCAAAUGGGAAUUCAGCAGAAACUCACAUUGAAAACAAACUUGAUGGCUUGUUGAUCCCCAAUGAGCAGUCUAUUUUCUGGAAAUUCAAGUCAAAGUUGAAUAACCAUGCAUACAAUCAAGACAUCAGUAUUUACAACAAAGAAACAGAUAUGGGAAUACAGCUCUCUAGUGUGGUCAACACAAAUCUAUUGUCUGGAGAAUCAAGUGACAAUGCUUUGGACACCCAGGAAUUCAGCAUCUCUGGUUUCCUCAAGUAUGACAAAAACAGUGACUGUCACAUCAUUGAUUUGCCCUUCAUUGAGAACCUUCCUGCCACCUUUGAGAAAAUGAAGACCUCACUUGUGAAUAUUCUUGAGUCCCUUCAGCAGUACCUCAAUGGCUUGGAUAUCAAUGAUCUGGUCAGGCAGUUCAGAGAGAACUUGGAAAAAGUCCCACAAAAUGUGCAUUACUUCAUGGAAGAACUUGAUGUAGAGACCAAAUUAAACAUGGCAAAGGAUAAGGUGAUUUCUAUGGCACAUGAUUAUGCAGUUACCUUGAAUGAUUUAGAAGAAUCAAUGGAGAAACUUAAGAUAGCUUCAGAAAAAGCCUUAAUUGAUUUGGCUGUAACAAUAAAAGACAUUAAAACCCAAAUAAAAUAUUUUAUUGAAAGUAGAUCAUGGACAAAAAUUCUGGAAAUAAUUGGAAAUAAGCUAAAAACAUUUGAUGAAAUAUAUGGCAUUACUAGUACAAUCCAUAAAGUCAUUGAUGCAUUUGAAGAUGUAAUUAGUCAAAUUGAUCUGCAAAAGUUACAAGAUGGCAGCAUGACUUGGUUGAAAAACCUGGAUGCUAAGUAUGAUAUUAGAGCAAAACUUCAAACAAUUUUGAGUGAACUAAAGCAAGCAGUAGAUGCCUUUGACAUUACAAAAUUUGUUCAGGAUGUGAUCAACUAUAUCAACUCAUUUGAACUGGAGCAGUAUGUGAAUCAGCUGUCUGAUCACAUCCCAGCAGAAGACAUCGAAAAAGUGAUUGAUUCCAUGAAGGAUAUCAUUGUCAACUGGAUUGAGGAAUACGAAGUUGUGGGAAAAAUCAAUUAUGCUUACUCAAAAUUGGGCGAGCUGUUUCAGAGAUAUGAAAUCAAGAAGAGGAUGGAAAUUGCCGUAGAACAAGCUACCAUUCUUAUUAAGCAGUACAAAAUCGACAAGACUGUUGUGGCAGUGGUGGAGACUUUGAAGUCAAUUCCAUUUGAAUACUUUUCAGACAAGACCAUGGAACUACUUAAUGUUAUUGUAAGUAAACUGAAAUCAGUUGACAUUAAGCAAAACAUGAAUGAUUUAAAUAUGUAUAUCCAAAUGAUUGCUAUGAAUCUCAAGAAUUUUGACUACAACGAAUUUGUCAAGGAAGCCAAUGAGAAUAUCAACAAAGUAAACAAUUAUAUUAAUGAACAAAUAAUACUUUAUGAAAUUCCACAGAAAAUAGAGGCAUCCAGAGAAUUUCUAAGAGAGAUGUAUGCCUCUACUGUAAAGUAUUUAGAGCAAUUGAAAAGCACUAAGGUAGCUGAGCUUUAUAGGAUGAUGAAGGGUGUAAUUGACAGAACAGUUUACAAGGAUAUCAAACUGAAGAUCCAGGACACCCUCGAAGAUAUGAGACAGAGAAUCUCUGACAUGGACAUAAGAGAUGAAAUCCUUGUUUACUUGGAAAGAGCAAGUGAAUCCUACAAGAACAUGCUUGCCUACAUCUCAUCACAUUUGCAUAACUUGAUUGAACUUAUACAGAAGGUAUCUGAUGAGCAUGAAAUUCUUACUCAAAUUCAACAAGCUGUGGAAGAAGCUAUCAGUUUUCUCAAAAUGGCACAUAUUGAAAUAUCGGAUUUUACAAUUCCAUUCACCACACUUCAUGUUCCUGCUUUUGACAUUAACCUGAGUAAACUUCAAGAUAUCAACAUUCCAUCUGUGAUAACAAUACCCGAAUUCACAAUCAUGGAUGUGAUCCAUGUUUCAUCUGUCUCCAUUAGCAUUGAGGAAAUUAAGCAGAAGAUCAUUGAAUUCAUUGAUCAGAUCAAAGCAAUUGAAAUUCCAGAGCUGGAUCCUGAGGCCACAUUUGGUGACUUAAAAGCACUGUAUUGGUAUUACCUGCCUGACUUUACUCUUGGAGAGAUCAGACUUGUGGAGUUAAAGAUCCCAGAAAUAAUCAUACCGAAAUUAAAUCUGGAGAAUUUUGAGAUCACUAUGUUGCCCAUUCCUGAAGUCAAGCUGCCUCGUAUUUCACUACAGCCAUGUUUACCUGCUUUUGGAAAGCUAUAUGGAGAAUUCCGAUUCAAUUCACCACACUACACAGCCAUGACAGCUGCAGCAAUUCAGAAUACAACAACUACAAGCUUAGAGCCACAGUUCAAAGCCACCCUGACUUCCACUGUAAAGUCAACAUUAGAGGUUCUUGGUUACUCUUUGGAGGCAAUGCUUCAAAUUGAAGCCCCUAAAAUGAAAAAAAUGGUGAUUAGUGAGACCAUAAAAGCCAACCACAUGGCUUUUACUAUCAAUCAUGAAGGUUCACUUACUUUCAGAGGCCCUUCAGCUGAGGCAACAGUAAAGACAGAGGCAAAGUCUACAAGUGAAAUUUACAAAGCUGCCUUAACAAACAGUAUAGGAGUUGUUCUAAAGAAUGGAAUAUCUGUGAAUAUGGACACAACCUACAAUCAUGACCUGAACAUCCCCUCUAUGAAAAUCUCAAGUCAAGCCACAUACAAAAAUGCUGCAGCUCAAUUUGAAUCUGGAACCAUCUCUGUGACUUGCAGAAAUGUGGGUAAUGGGAAAUGGUCAAUCAAGGACUAUGCUGAUGAAGGCAUUCACAAGAGCAAUCUAGACUUUAGUGUCAACGUAGGUACUGCAAAGCUAACCUUUGAUGGUGAAACAAACAGCAAAAUCCUGAAAGCAAAACAAUCAGUCAAGGCUGAAUCUGUCAUCCUGAGUCAUAUUAUCAUUGAUGUAAGUGCUGAGACAGAGACACCCUUCAUGAAGAAAGAUUUGAUAAGUCUGACAGCUAAAGCCCAAACAGAGGGUCUCAGAAUUGAACUAACAGCCUCACACAAUGCAGAACUGACUGGAAGAGUCAGUGGAACCAUAUCAAAUUCUUGUGAAUUUCUGGCCCAACCAUUUGAGAUAAUUUUUGACUGCAAAAAUAAGGGAAGCUCCAAAUUAGUCUUGCCUCUUAAACUAACUGGAAAGCUUGAUCUCCAGCAAGAUUAUAAGAUGAUUGUGAAUUCUGAGAAACAACAUGUAUUUUGGGUGGGUUUAGCUCGAUUUAACCAGUACAAAUAUAACCACAAAUUCACUUUAGAUAACAAUGAAAAUGAUGCAGGCCUCUAUGUAUCAGUUGAUGGUGAGGCUAAUCUUGACUUUUUGACUGUCCCACUAACUAUUCCAGAAAUUACACUGCCAUACUUUGAGACUAAAACACCCAUGAUUAAAGACAUUUCUUUGUGGAACGAUUACGGCCUGAAAAACCUACUGACCAUACCUCAACAAUCAAUUGACAUUGAUUUUAAACUCCAAUACCAAAAGAACAAGGACAAACACACUUUCAACCUAGAUCUGGAACCCAUCUAUGAAUCUAUUAAAGAAAAUGGUAAAAUCUUAGGAGUACACUUUGAACUUGGGCGAGACAAAAUCUUUGAUGCCUUAACAAAUUCUUAUAAUCAAGCCAGGACCCACUUUGAAAAAUUCAAUAUUGACACAUCAAAACAGCCCCCAAAGCACUUCACUGUUCCUGGAUACACUAUACCUGUGUUAAAUAUUGAAGUAUCAGCCUUUAGAGUUGAGCUGCCUGCAGUCAGCUAUUUCAUCCCCAAAGAGGUUAGCACACCAAGUUUCAAAGUUCCUAUGAUAAGUUUUUCAGUGCCCUCUUAUACUCUUGUACUUCCAUCUCUAGAAUUGCCAGUCUUGCAUGUGCCUGAGACCCUCCGGGAGCUGACACUACCUACAUUCACAUUACCAGAUAUUCAGAACAACAUCAUGAUACCUGCUCUAGGAAAUGUGACCUUUGACUUCUCAUUCAAGUCACCUGUCAUUACUGUGAAUGCUAAUGGUGGCCUCUACAACCAGUCUGAUAUUUUGCUCAAGUUGGGAGCAUCUUCCUCCUCUGUGUUUGAGUUCCUUAAGGGCAAACUUGAUGGCACAACCAGCUUCACAAGAAAGAGGUGUCUGAAAGUGGCUACAACUCUGUCACUGGAGCACAAAAAUGCAGCAUUUAACCAUGACAGCAGUUUCAGUCUCACCAAGAGGAGUAUCGAGUCUUCCCUAGCAAAUAUUAUCAAAAUCAACCUGCCCGUUUUCACAGUGGAUUUAAAUCAGCAACUUCGCGGAAAUACCAAGACCAAACCCAAUCUUGCCUCAAAUACGAAGGUUGAAUAUGCUUACACCCUCCCAACAUUUAAAACCGAAGGAAAAGGAAACAUGCAACAUGAUCUUGAGCUUGAAGCACUCUCAUCCUAUUUCUCAGUGGAGAGUUCUUUGAGGGGAAAGACAGACGGAACAAUAAUGGAAAAGGGACAUUUUUCAGAAUCCUUUGACAACAAUGCAAUAAUAUAUCUAAAUGCUAAUGGUCUACGUUUCACUGUAAAAACAGCUUUGUCCUCUGAUUUUGAUUAUAAAAAGGCUAAAAUCUGGAAUGUGGAUAUGACUGAGAACCUAGAACUUGAGGCUGCUCUUAGACGAAUUUAUGUUACAAUGAAUUACACAAACAACAAUGAGGUAAAUAUUGUCUCUUUUUCAACCAAUGGAAAGCACUCUGCAAAGGGAACUUUUGAGUUUAUUCCACUGACAACCCUGUCUUCUAGUAUAAAUAUUGAUAUUUCACAGCCAUCUAAUGUUGGUCUUGCAAAUAUAAUGGAGAACGUGGAUCUAGCUCUCACCUCAAGUAACCAGAAGUUAAUUUGGAAAAGCAAGGAACAACUAGCAUCAUUUACACAUUCCAGCGAUAUGAUGCUGUCCAACGAUCAAUCUGAGAUACGGAUGGAUUUUGCACAAUUUGUUGAAGGUCAUCUUGCAUUUUUGAAGUAUAUCAGCUUACCUAUUUAUCAAAAAACACUAUGGGAUGUAAUGAAGUUUGAUGAGACCACCAGCCCUAACCAGUUACAGUCCCUUAAAGUUGCUACUGAUUUAGUGUACACCAAGAGUAUGGAUGGAACACUGUUUUCACUGCCUGCAAAAGUAUUUGAAAAUGGAGUCGUAUUUAACAUUCCAAAAACCACACUAGCAGUACCUAAUUGGAUGAAGACGAUUCCACAGACUAUAAGAGAAAUGGAUGAGCGACUUGAAAACGUUGAUAUGCAGGAUUUUAUUUCUAUCCCACCUGUCAUAACUGUUCCAACUUUUGAUGUGCCUCUAACAACCCUUCAAGUGCCAUCCUUUACCUUAGAUCUACAAAACCUGAAAGUUCCAGAUUCUAUCAGCAUGGACACUUUUGAUAUAAUUUUGCCCGGAUUGCCAAAGGUCAAAGUUCCCAGCUUUGAAAUCAACACAAAAUACAUGAAAGACAAAAUGGCUUUCCUGCUUUUGAAAUUACCUCAAUACGAAGUCAUAAUUUCACCAUUUACCUUGCCUAAAUCUUUCACCAUUGGUGAACACACUUUCAACCUGGAUGACCCUAUUAAAUCACUAUGCAAUUUUGAGAUGCCCGCUAUAACAAUCCCAGAACAGAAAAUUGAGAUCCCAGAGAUAUCACUCCACUUACCUGUUAGUGUAUUUAUUCCAUCUUUUGGUGCCCUCUCCACCUCUGUCAAAGUUUCCUCUCCAAUUUACACUAAUACAUGGACUGCAAAAGUAGAGAACACGGAUCCAGGCUUUGUUUACACACUGAAGUCUUCAUGCACAUCCACCAUGACCUUCUUAUCAUAUGACCUAGAAGCUGUUGCCACUGUCUUAUUGGAUAAUGGAGCUAUGAGUCUGGAUGGAAAAUGUACCUUCACCCACGAUGAUGUAAAGGUGAACUGGAAGCACGAUCUCCAUCAGAAUCUGAGAAUUAAACGUGAGGAGCCUUCUGCCUCAAGAGCCCCAAAACACACUCUGGACAUUGAUGUAACAAGCCAAACCUUUGCCGAUGUGAAAUUCCGCUACGCCUCCCACAAUAAUGGUAUCACAUCUUCAGUAUCCUACCCAGAUGGCUUUGUUGGAUUUCAGUUAACAAGAAGAUCACCAUCUCAGUAUUCUGCAAAAAUCUUCACCAGAUCCUUGUCAUCUCCUGACAAGGACACUGACCUGCUGAGUUUCAAAGUUAUUCUUAAGAACUCUGAAAGGCUGAAUCUUCAGACUAGCUGGCAACUUGAUGGGUUCUUUGACUUGGUGAAUGGGAUUAAAGUCAGGCUGCCUGAUAUGGCAGGAGCACUUUAUGAAUUUGUCAACAAAUAUCAUAAAGCUCACUUUGGCCUUGACCUUAAUCGUGCUGCUAUAAAGCUUAAGAAUGCUAUAGCAAAGAAUAUUGAUAGAGCUUACAGUAACAUCCCCAGAGCACUUGAUGCAAUUCAGAACUUAGUUGAACACCUGAGCCAGCAGAGUAAAGCAGUGAUGGAGAAAACCAUAAAGAGUAUGCCAGAGAUCAACUUCCAGGAUGUGAUCUCUCGUGUUUCUAACAGUGUUAGAGAACUACUUAAGCACUAUGAGUCAAAUGCCAGGGUCUUGCUUGAUGCUGUAAUGAAGUUCCUUAGUGAUACCAAGUUUCAUUUGCCAGGUUUGGAAGAGAAGCUCACUGGUCAAGAGUUGUACUACAAGAUUAGGCGGUCUGUUUCAAUGGCAGUCAAAAGAGCUGCAAAUAGAUUUACCAUCCUCAUGGAGAGUAUAGCUGAUGCCAUUGAAAGUUUUGUUAUCAAAAUUAAUUUCAAUCUUCCCAAUACAAAUGUAGUUGUUAAUGGUAAAGAUAUUUUGAAGACUCUAAAGACAGCUGUGAAGGCCACUCAGUAUCGCAUUAUUCAAGCAAUGAAGGAGUGGGAAGGUCUGAAGCUGGAGAACCUGCUGCAGAAAAUAAGUGACCUUGUAAAACUUUGCAUCCAGAGGACAGGGGAGUUUAUUACCUCUUUAAAGGCAGAGAAACUAGAUGAUUUUUCUAAUCAUCUAAAGGGAAUUUACACUGAGGCCAGCAACACACGGGCUAUGCAGGAGUUUGCCAGGCAGAUACAAGUGGCAAAAACAAAUGCAGUUGUGUACAAAGACAAAGCACAAUUGAAGGUCCAGGAGGUUUACAAUGAGCUCUCCAUGGAGAAACUUAACUCAGAGAUCAGUGAAUCAAUUUCAGUUUUAGAGAACCAUCUUCGAGCCAGCAUUGAAAAUGUAAUUGACUAUUCAAAGAAUGCCUCACAGCAUACACAGCCAUACAUAAAGUUAACCAGCAAAAAGGUAGAUGUAGAUAUUCCACUGCCUUUCUACUGGAAUUCCUUCAGUGAAUGGCCAAGUAUGUCUUAAAUGUUCAGAUUUUUAAUGCUUUUUUUGUGUUAUUUUCUUUUAUAAACUGUUCAGUGUUAAAAUGUUGUAGAAAUGUUGUUAUGCUUAUAAAAACAUUAUGGUCGAAUGUAUGUUUAUAAUUUGUUGAUAUGUUUGUGUAACUCUAAGCCAAAACAUAUGACCUGAUUAAAGUUUUCAAAAAUG